AUGCAGCUUCGGCCAAUCUACGAGCACCACAUACUUAGCGAGGGCGACCUGUGGCCUACUAUUCGUUCUGAGGUUAUUAAACUUCUCAACCAGCGAAACAUCCAGCAUUCGUCUGUCGAUCUUGUUCGUUUCAGCUGGGCUAAGGAGGACAACAAGAAUGAGGACGACGAGAAAAAUGACGACGAUGAAGAUGACGGGGGCGACGGGAAUGUCUCCGACAUCGAGGACUCCGACAUCAAGCUCUCCCCGUACGGAACAGUGGUUACCACUCCCAUCACGAUCCGGGAGAGAGUCUUGCCCGAUACUCUCACCGGCGAGGUCGCAUUCAAAUCUUCUAACGACAUCCUCGAUCUCCUCAAGGAGCACGGCAUUUCCGACGUCGAUGUUGCGUACCGUGAGUCGGUGGCUAAGAGCUCCAGUGGUCCCGAACUGUUCACAUCCGUCUCGGAUCUCGAUCCCCGAAGGCCGUUAUCGAUCCCGUGA